AUGCCAGUUCUUCAUUUUGGAUCCAGUGGAACCUUCAAAGCACUACCUGCAGGAGAAUUGGCAAGAGCUGAGAUAGCCCAGAGAUGGGACCACACAGAAAUCAGUGUUCAGGAUUUCUCCUACAGGUGGACCAUCAGCAACUUCCCUGUUAUCGCUGAGGAAAUGCUGCAAAGCAUUAGAAGCCCAACUUUCUCAAUAGGAGCCCAUGACAAAUGGUGUUUGAGAGUAAACCCGAACGGAGUGGAUGAAGAAAAUGCAGAUCACCUGUCAGUUUACCUAGUGUUGCUCAGCUGUCUAAAGAGUCAUAUUUGGGCUAAGUUCCAGUUCUGGAUCAUAAGUGCGGAAGGAGAGAAAAUAAAAGUCAAGAAGAGCCCAAGAGCCUUUAUGUUUGUGCCGGGCCAGGACUGGGGUUACAAAGAAUUCAUUCUUCGAGAUUUUCUCUUGUCCCACCCAGUUUGGCUUCUCCCAGAGGACCAGCUCACCCUGGUCUGCAAGGUGAGUGUGGUCCAGGGCUCUUUGAGCCUCUCUGACCAGAACAAGAAGCCAGGAAUUCUGGUUCCCAGAUGCACAUUGGCAGAUGACCUAGGAGAGCUGUGGGAAACUUCCCGAUUCACGGACUGCUACCUGGUGGUAGCUGGCCAGGAAUUCUAGGCUCACAAGGCCAUCUUAGCAGCUCACUCUCCAGUUUUCAGAGCCAUGUUUCAACAUGACAUGGAGGAGAACAGAAAGAAUCCUGUUGAGAUACUUGACCUGGAGCCACAAGUCUUCAAGUUAAUGUUGGAUUUCAUUUACACGGGAACAGCACCAGACCUGGACAACAUGGCAGCUGCUGUACUGGCAGCUGUUGACAAGUAUGGCCUGGAAACUUUGAAGGUCAUGUGUGAGGAUGCCCUCUGCAGGGACCUCUCUGUGGAGAAUGCUGCCCACACACUCUUCCUGGCUGACCUCCACAGCUCAGGGCAGCUGAAAACUCAGACACUGGAUUUCAUUACAGCUCAUGCUUCUGAGGUCUCUGAGACCUCGGGAUGGAAGGCAAUGGUGGGUUCAUAUCCCCAUUUAGUGGCUGAAGCAUACUGUUACCUGGCUUCUGCUCACCUCCCUCUUAUGAGCCACCUUUUGAAAUUCUUGAAGCAAUCCUAG